GACGCUCUUCGGUCUCAGCGGAUCCGCCGAUGGUCACGUGGGACUGGUCUGAACUGCAAUCUGAUUCCGCGGCGGCCGCAUGGAACCGGAUUUCAAUUCCGAGGGGACGGCGAAUCCAAUCCCAUAUCUCCGUUGAAUAUGGGGUCGAACAAUGAACAGUAUGAAGCAUUGAAUAUGGUGGCAUGGUAUAACAUCGGUCACGCCACAGCGGGCAAUUUUCUAUGCUAUUCUCAAAUCCCUCUCCGCAACAGGUUGUAAUAGCUAGGCCAUAGCUAAUCGCGAAUAUGGAUGCCAAACAGGACCUCUUUAAAGAAGAAUUGUCACACGAUGAAGACAAAGGUACUUUUGCAACGGUGACCUCAGAGCUAGACGCUGUUGCCGUAUUGGAUGUCGAUAGCCUGGCCCCGCAUAAGUACCCAGAAAUCUCCACCAUGCGCUCGAUCGCAUUGGUGGCCCUAGUCAUGACAUCCUCCUUGAUGCAAGUGGCUUCUGGCAUCGGGGGAUCCAUUACCAUAGCCGACAUCGGUGCAGAUCUGAGGAUUCCGUCUGGCCAAUUGCAAUGGGUCGCGUCGUCAGGGUCGUUGGCGACUGCAUGCUGUCUUUUGCUAUCGGGCAAGAUCUGUGACAUGUAUGGCCACAAACCGGUUUUCAGUAUCGGUUCAGCUAUCGGCGGAGCCAUGUUCCUGGGGAUGGGAUUGGCUCAGAACAAAAUACAACUGUUCAUCUUUCGCGCGCUCGCCGGGGUGGCUUAUUCGGGUGUGACACCGGCUGCUAUAGGUUUGAUUGGAACGACCUUUGCCGAGGGACCUAUCAAGUCACGGGCCUUUGCAGGAUUGGGUGCAGGAGCGCCUGUUGGGACAGCCGUCGGGCUAGUCUUGGCUGGUGUGACCACUCAAUACACCUCAGCAGGAUGGCGAACUUUCUUCUACAUCUGCGCCGGGAUGUCCUUUACGCUCUCCCUUGCGAACCUCUUUGUGGCACCGGGUAGCUGUAUUCCCCGAACAAAGUAUCCGCGGGCUUUGCGAGAUCUGGAUUGGAUCGGCGUCGUCCUCUCGGGCGGAGGGAUAUUUUGCGUCUUGUUCCCUCUGGGAGAAGGAGGUACCGCUCCCGAGGGCUGGAAGACGCCUUAUAUCCCCGCCACGCUGGCAAGCGGGUUCGUCUUACUAGGCUUAUUCCUUAUGUGGGAAUACUACAUCGAGAAGAAGGGUACGAAGCCGCCGCUCAUGAAACUGUCGAUCUGGAGGAGACCCAUGUUUCCUAGUUUGAUGGCAGCGGUAGUCUGUUUAGGAGGAUCGUUUGGAGCCGCCGUCGUCUGGAUGAGCCUCUACUGGAGGAGUUAUGAAGAAAGACCGGUGAUACAAGCGACAUUGCGAUUCUUGCCGCUUUGCGUUGUCGGAGUUUUCGCCAAUAUCGUCGGAUCGUUCUGCGUCGCCUAUGUGUCCGGACAGGUCCUUCUCCUCAUUGCGGCUGCGGCUACAGGCAUUGCUGCUCUACUGUUCGCAACGUGUCCUGCCGGGUUGAUCUAUUGGGCCAUGCAAUUCCCUGCCUGCUGUGUACUUGUCUGGGGAGCUGACUUCAUGUUCCUCACAUGCAUGCUAUUCAUAUCGAGCACGAGCAAACCAGACGAACAGGGCCAAGGCGGUAGCAUCUUCUCGGCUGUGAAUCAGAUCGCAGGCGUGCUCGUCCUCGCCCUUACAACCAUCGUGUCAGAUCGGGUCGCCGAGAAGGAAUCUGCCAAGCUGGGCGUGGACAUAAUCGCGAGCAAGACGGCAUCGAGCGCGAUCCCCAAGCCAGCGCUUUUGAAAGGUUAUCAAGGGGCUUUCUACAUGGUCGUGGGGUUCUGUGUGUUGGGCGGGCUCGUUGUCGGGAUCAUGUUGCGGAAGAUGGGGAAUGUCGGGAAGAAGAAGGCGGUAAGUACAGUCGAGUCGACUUCAGCAUCUGCGUAGAAUCCUGCCGUAUGCAAUGGGUUGUGAUCGC